AAAUCAUUUGACAGACCAAUUCGCCAUGAUUGCAACGUAAAUACAUGUGCUGGAGGAAACACCGCCGUACGAAUACCGGAGAGCCCGUGCUCGCUUUGCCACAUCCGAAAUGGACAUCAGCUGCGAAGAUAUUGUAGGCGAUAUAGAAGAUCUGAUAUCCUUCGAUGAUCCCACACCGGCCGAGCGGUACCUGAAUAAAAAGGAUGUUACGGUGCGAGCCAAACGGGCAAAGGUGCGCCCCAGCCGUCCGAAGGAAGUAGUGGCGUGCGUUGAAAAGCCGCUACUAGACAGCGUUAUUCCCGAGACCCAGCAAAUCUACAUGAAAACAUGGGGCUGUGCGCAUAACACAUCCGACACGGAGUACAUGGCCGGCCAGCUGGCACAGUACGGCUAUAACCUCACCAACGAUAAGGACUCCGCCGAUCUGUGGGUUUUGAACAGCUGUACGGUAAAAAACCCUUCGGAAGAUACGUUCCGCAAUGAAAUCGAGGCGGCACACCAGGCGGGAAAGCAUGUCGUUGUGGCGGGAUGUGUACCGCAGGCCGCACCUAGAUCCGACUACCUGAAGGGCUUGAGCGUGGUCGGUGUGCAGCAGAUCGAUCGUGUGGCCGAAGUGGUGGAGGAAACGCUCAAAGGACACUCGGUUCGCUUGCUGCAGGCGAAGAAAGUGGACGGUCGCAAGGUAGCGGGACCGAAGCUGGCGCUGCCCAAGGUGCGCAAAAAUCCGCUUAUCGAAGUUAUUCCCAUCAACUCCGGCUGCCUGAACGCGUGCACCUACUGCAAGACCAAGUUCGCACGGGCCGAUCUGGUCAGCUAUCCGGUGGAAGAGAUAGUGGACCGUGCCCGACAGGUGUUCCAAGAAGGCGUCUGCGAAAUAUGGCUUACAUCGGAAGAUACCGGUACAUAUGGACGGGAUAUCGGAUCGUCGCUGCCGGAGCUGCUGUGGAAAUUGGUGGAGGAAAUACCGGAAGGAUGCAUGAUGCGACUGGGCAUGACCAAUCCACCCUACAUUCUGGAACAUCUGGAUGAGAUGGCUAAAAUCCUGUCCCAUCCUCGUGUCUACAGCUUCCUGCACAUACCAGUACAAAGUGGGUCGGACACAAUCCUGGGAGACAUGAAGCGUGAAUAUUGCGUGAAGGAUUUCGAGCGCAUGGUCGAUUUUCUUAGGGCGCAAGUGCCAGGCAUCACAAUCGCGACGGACAUCAUUUGCGGGUUCCCCGGCGAAACGGAAGCUGACUUCCAAGACACGCUUGCUCUGUGCGGAAAGUACCAGUUCCCAAGCCUGUUCAUAAAUCAGUUCUUUCCACGGCCCGGUACACCAGCGGCUAAAAUGACGAAGGUCCCGGCCAACGAGGUAAAAACACGAACCAAGCGGCUAACGGAUCUGUUCCAUUCGUACGAACCGUACAAGAAAUACGAGCUCGGUUCGAAGCAAACCGUACUCGUGACCGAAAUCUCGCACGAUCGCAAACACUACGUUGGACACAACAAGUUCUACGAGCAAAUUCUGCUACCAAUGCACAACAACUUGCUCGGGAAACAGGUCAAGGUGGAAAUCACCGGAUGUACCAAGUUCAGCAUGUUCGGUAAGGUGAUACAGGACGAGCGUGAAUGGGUCAAUUGCAGCAAGCCCAACGCCGCCGCUGGCGAUGGGAAUACGAACACGACGAAACUUGUGGCUGACUCUGGAGAAUCGAAGUAUCGAACGAUGGUUGCCUAUCUUUUUAUAUCGUGCAGUUUGGCGAUAGUGUGUAAAUACAUUUUCAUGUUUUUUGACUUUUAAAGGACGGUCAAAACAUUGUUGCUGGCUAACUCUUACAGAGAGUUUCGAAACCACUAA